AUUUCAAGGUCACCAAGCAUGCGAAUCGUCGUGCUUCAUUUUGGAUGGAUUACGUGACUAUUGGAACCGAGAUGCAACAGAUGUGGCCUAUGUGUGUCAAACGAGGGAGGGAGUUACGUGCACGGCAUGCCAAAUAUUUGCUGCAUAUGUUUAAUAAUUUGAUAUAAAAAUGCGUGUGCCCGAAGACUUGUAUUGCAGUUUGAAACGCAGCUCUGAUCAAAAUGCUGCUAAAGGUAAUACUUCUUGUCACCACAAUUGCUGGCAUCCAUGCCGAGUCACCUGUGCGAGCUCCAUAUGCUCCGGCAGGCUGGCGUCCACGUGUGCCAUUUAAUUUGCCCAGCCAGAAUGUGGCUCCAGUGGGAUCCAGCUUUGAGAUCAGCAGAGAACGCGUUGAGCAUGCUGGCACCUUUAAUGCACCUCAGGCAAAUUCCAAUUACUUGCCACCAAAUGCCGAAGUACCCAACCAGCAGCAACAGCCAGUGCUCAGUGGCAACCAAGGAGAUAUAUUGGAUGGGGAGCGACAGGCAAAUCGGCAACCAAGUCCGGCCGCCCAAUACGGCGCCCCAGUUGAUGGUGGCUUUAGAAUAGACUAUCCGGAUGAGGAAAAUCCCGCUCCGUCUACGGAUUUGCAGUCAAGAAUCGAGGAGGGCCGAUACUAUAUAGUUUCCUCCGAUAACAAGCUACAACGUGUUCUAUAUCGGACUGUGAAGAAUGCAGAAGAUGCUGCUGGCGACGGCUUCACGGCCCAGCUGAGAUACUCCUCCGUGGGUGAGUUGCAGGAUCCGAUUUAUAAAUAUAAUAGUCAGGGACAAUUGGAGCGGGUGCUGAAGUAA